AUGAUGCUGCUCGGGGCCGCUGCGCCGGCACUCGCCCGCCCUCAGCUGGCGGGUCGCUCUCUCGCCGCUGCGCCUCUCCGCGCUCCCGGCGCCUCCCCGCGCGCUGCGCGCCGCUCGCAGGUACAGUCCCGAUGGCAGCCCGCGCGCGCAACGCAGUACGCUCUCGAAGCCUCUCCGUGCGACACGGCGCGCAACCUAUCACAGGUGAUAUCACGCCAGCCGAUCGCCCAGGGCCGUGCGCUCCCGGCUCUGCAGGCCGAAGGACGCUCGCGCAGCAGCUUGGUGGUGAAGGCUGAGGCUGGGGCCGUGGCAGCGCUGUCCGGAAAGACCAAGAAGAAGUCGCCGUUCCCCUUCACGAAGAUCGUCGGACAAGAGGACCUCAAGCUCGCGCUCAUCCUGUGCCUCGUCGACCCCUCCAUCGGCGGCGUUCUCAUCAUGGGCGACCGCGGCACGGGCAAGUCGAUGGCCGUGCGCUCGCUGACGAACCUCCUGCCUGAGCUCGACGUCGUCGAGGGCGACUUCUGCAACUCUGACCCGAACGACUCGAAGCUCAUGGGCCCCGACGCCCUCGCGCGCGCCAGGGCCGGCGAGACGCUCCCCGCGCUGAAGAUGCGCACGCCGCUCGUGGAGCUGCCGCUGGGCGCGACGGAGGACCGCAUCUGCGGGACCAUCGACAUCGAGAAGGCGCUGCAGGAGGGCGUCAAGGCCUUCGAGCCGGGCCUGCUCGCGCGCGCGAACCGCGGCAUCCUGUACGUCGACGAGGUGAACCUGCUGGAGGACUCGCUCGUGGACCUGGUGCUGGACAGCGCGGCGUCGGGGGUGAACACGGUCGAGCGCGAGGGCAUCUCGAUCAUCCACCCCGCGAAGUUCGUGCUGGUCGGGUCGGGGAACCCGCAGGAGGGCGAGAUGCGGCCGCAGCUGCUGGACCGGUUCGGGAUGUCGGUGACGAUUGGCACGAUCAUGGACAACGACAUGCGCGUCGAGCUGGUGCAGAACCGCAUGGCGUACGAGCGCGACGCGGAGGCGUUCGCGGAGGAGGCCAAGGCGGACAUGGACGCGCUGCGAGACAAGAUCGUUGCGGCGCGCGCGUCGCUGACCAAGGUGACGACGCCCGCGGACCUGAAGCUGAAGAUCAGCGAGUGCUGCAGCGCGCUCGAGAUCGACGGGCUGCGCGGGGACAUCACGGUGAACCGCGUGGCGCGCGCGCUCGUCGCGUACGAGGGCCGGACGGAGGUGGAGCUGCACGACGUGGACCGGGUCAUCUCCAUGUCCCUCGCGCACCGCAUGCGCAAGGACCCGCUGAGCGACAUCGACGGAGGGACGAAGGUGCAGCUGGUGUGGAACAGGUGCCGCGACCCGGAGGCGUUCGCGCGGGAGCAGGCCGAGAAGGAGGCCAAGAAGCAGGAGGCGUUUGAGAAGCAAAAGGCGGAGGCGGCGGCGGCGAAGGAGCGCGGGGAGGUGGCGCAGGACCCCGAGAAGCGCAAGGGCAUGAAGAAGGGGGCCUGGACGGGCCUGCCGUUCUAG